CACAAGCUCCUCUGUAGAGCACAAUGAAUUAUUAAUACAGCUACCUCACUGAAUACAGCAGGAGCCCCACAACAAAUGGAGCUGCUUACUUUUUUUUGACCAGAGAGAAUCACUCUGCUAACUAUGUCCUCUUUAUUGGAUCAUGGGUUGAUCAGGACCGCGGUGGUGGAGCGGGUGGUUGCACCAAUUGCAAGUCAUUUAUGCCACUUGGUGCUGCUGUGUGACAGUGCAGAGGAACCUGAACAGUUCAGCCAGCUGGAGGGGGCAGCUCAGGCUGUGGCUAAAGCUACUGAGAAUAUGGCAGCAGUGGCCUCCAGGCAAAUAAGUGAGACAGAGGAUGAAGUUUUGCACAUGGAGGUGUCGUCCCUGUUGGAGUCAGUCACUGUGUCUGGACAACAUGUGCUGCUGGCAGCCCAGAAACUCAGCAUCCAGCCCAGUUUGACCGAGCACAGAGAAGAACUCAUCACUGCUACACAAAAUGUCUUCCUGGGAGUAGUCAAAGUUCUGUUAGUGGACGAUGAUGCUACUGUAAGGAGAAUUGUAGCUGCUGCUGAUCGAGUUUUGGAGUGCCUCUCUGAGCUUGUCUCUUCCUCAGACAUCAAGUCUCUGCUCAAAUCUUUCCAGGUGUUUUCUCAGGCUCUGCUUCUCCUCAACAGUCUGACAGUGGAGAGAGCAAAUUCCUUACAGGAUCCCAGACAAACGAAACAGCUUCUUGAUUCCUUGGAGACCCUGAGGAGGUGCAUCUCCAUGCUGCACACGGCCAUGUGCACAACCAUCAAACACCCUACAAGCGAGCAGGCACAGGAAGCCAAGAGGUACAUUCUGGACAAGGUGCAGAGCACAGUGAGUGAGAUUAUUAUAACCCUGAAAAGUGAAUGUCACAAUGGAUCACUGGGUCCUUGUGGGUAUUACACAGGGAGGAGGAACAGUGUGUUGCAACUACUUACCAGUUCCUCCACUUCUUCAAUCCGAGGCAGUGGCUUUGACAGCAUGAUAAGAGAUCUUGUGUUUCACUGUAUGGUUGUGGCAAACUCUUCUCGUAGAGAGUUUCAGCAAAGAGUGGUGGGUCAUUGUCGUCACAUCCUGCAGUUCUGGUCAGACAUAAAAUUUAUUUUAAAGUCCUCAGAGGAUCCUGAUAUUACUGAGCAGAGCCUUGAGAAAACCUGCACUUUGUUGGUGCAGCAAAUACAAAUGCUUGACAAAGCUUUGAUGACUGCUGUUCUUUAUCAAGUCUUGGACACAUUUCUUACAGCAUCUUCAACAGUUGAGGAACUUUUAAGUGUGAUGAGACCGAUCCUAGUUGCACAUUCUUCUACAAAGAUGGAUCUGAACUUUAUUCAGCCACUAGUUGAGGAUUUCAUAUCUUCCACUGAUAGAAUAAUCCAAGUGGCAAAUUUUAUCUCAGCUGUGGCUGUUGAUGCAAAGAGUUUGGAGAACGUGGAAAACUCACACGCAUGCCUUACAAGACUCAGAGCUCGAAUCGCACCUCUUUCACUGGAGCUGGCGGAUAAUUCAAUCCAAACUGUUCAAACGCUUCAUGAGGUGUGUCAAAAAUGGGAGGAAGAGAAUAUUCAGCUUCAAGACGCUCUCGGUGAUGUAAUGGAUGUAAGGGAGUUCACCAGUGUUGCUAUUAAUGAGAUGGUCAAUGACCGACAUGGGUGUGACGCAGCGUACAGAGAGCAGAGCUAUAAACUGUUCAAUGAACAUGCAACAAACCUUAUUUGUCACAUGAAGCUGGUGAUUCAGUCAGUGAGGAGGCACUUGGACAGAAGUGAUAACCCCAUCUACAGGAAUGGCCUCCUGGUCUUGCUGAAGCAGGUUCAGCCAUCUCAAACCAAAGUGGGGGAGUCAGUCAGAGACAUGCUUUUAGGUUCCAGUCUAAAUGUGGAGGUAUAUACUACUUUUUCAGAUAAUGUUUCCAUGGCUAUUCAGCAUUUCAAAGUGCUCCGAAAGGGACUGGACGGCCAACAGCACCCACAUCUCCUGAGCCCACUGCGAGAGGGGGCACGUCAGCCUGAAAUCUCACAAUCAUGUUUACCAGUCAAAGACACCUGUGAACUGAACCUGGAUCAUAUGAGAAGAGGCUCUGCUUCUCCUGUUUUGAACGUUAUGAGGGAUUCCCAAACCGAACAUGAGGAGGAGCGCUCAGAUGAGGAAACCAUAGAAGUAGAACUGGCUCGUAAAUAUGACAGAGAUGAUUUAAAGAUCCCAGCUGUCUCCGAAGCGCCCAAACUGAUCCACAAACCUCUUGAAUUUGACCUUUUACCCCUCUUGUAUGAAGUUGUGACUGUGACUAAAGGGAAAGAUGUGACAGUACUCAACCAGGCAUGCAAUGGUGUUCUUGAGCUGUCAAACUGUUAUGCUCAAGCUGCAAAGGAAGCCUUGGCCAUUGUUGAUGCGGUUGAUCGUCAGACAUUGGAAAGUUUUAGAGCAGAGCUGGUGUCGCUGACUCCGCUGCUCGUCCAGACAGCUCAAGAGACGGCGAUGAGCUCAGCGAUGAGCACAGAGAGCAUCUACAAAUAUAGCACACAGUUUUCUGACCUUAUUAACAACACUCGAAAGGUUUUACUGCCAGUAGCUGGAACCUGGUAUCAUGCUGUUUACACUGAGCUGCAAGGAAUUCUGCCAACAAUGGCAAUCACUGUUACACAGCGACUAAAUGAAGUGAUGGCUUUAUGUGCUGACGUGGUCCAGCUCUUGACAUCUUCUGAUCUAACCUCACAAAGUGACAGUCAAGAAACAUUCAGCAUUUUACACAACAAGCUCAACAAAGCCCAGAACAACACAAGGUAUCUGGUGGGAUUUUCCACCUCAUUGGUAGGACAAGUAGAUCAACUAGAGGGACUCUGUAUCCUCUGGGGCCUGUCUAUUCAGAUUUUACUCAAUUCUCUUGAUAAGAUUUUGGGAACAUCAACUGCAAUGAACCAGCUGAGCCCUCAGAAACAGCUAUCAGUGUUGUCUGAGAACUCGCUUCGAAUCCAAGAGGCAGCGAGGCUAACCAGCCUAAAUUGUAAAAGUGCUUACAAAUCAAAACAGUUAACAGGAUACCAGAAUGAACUAAAAACACUGACUGAAGCUUAUCUUAAAGCUGCCGAAGAGCUUGACAUAAUGCCAAGUGUGAUGCAACUUGCAAAAUCAGAAUUCUUUCAGCGACAUCUUUUGAUUAAAAUUAGAGCGCUUUCUGGUCAUUUGAGCAAAGCAAAUAAGGAUUAUGAAACUGCACUUCAAAAUAUUGUCAGCAUUGCUUAUUUUGCUGCUGAACACUUUCGGGAGAACACAGAAGAUGCAGAGCAGAAAUUUGAAAACGCAGCACAAAGGCUUUUUGAAAAUGUAAAACUUGUGACCAAAAGAGUCGAGGACUGCUUAAACUACAUCCGCGAUCCACGUGCCCGUUCUAAUCUGAGGUCUAUCAACGACCACCUGUCUUUCCAGAUCUCAGAUAUAAUCAGCAGGGCGAGGCUCAUGGUCGAGACUCACUACAUUUGUGACACACUCAGUCUGGAGGUGCAGAUACAGUGCUGGUCAGCCAAAGCUCAUUAUGUGGUGGAGGAGAUCUGGAAGCAAGAUGGGAUUCACCAAGAGGCUAAAGAGCAUAUGAGGGCUGGUCUACAGGGCAGAACACCUGAGGAUAUCGAAGAAGUGUUGGCUACAAUCCCAUCUAAAGUCAAAGAAGUGGAAUUUCCCGACACGACAAUGACAUCCUGGCAGAAAGGCAACACAGAGUGUGUAGAUGCUGCAAAACCGAAUAUGAACAUGGCAGCUGUGGUCAAAUAUGGACCUGGAAAUAUGGAAAAAGAUGAUGGUGUCAGGUCUACUGCAUACAAAGAAGCUUCUUCGCUGACCUACACCUCCCUUUUUCUAAAGCAAGAAAGUGACAGCUGGGAUCCCAAGGAUAACAGAAUUGUCCAGGUGACCAGGAAGAUGGCUGACACACUAUGUUACAUGACACAGUACUUGAAGAAGAAAGGCCCAAUACCGAAUAAAGCGACAUUUGUCACUGCAGCCAAAGAUGUGAUUUCAAACUGCCAGUCAGUAACUCGCUUUAUCAGAGUUAUUGCCAACCACUGCCUGGAUAAACAGUGUAGGGUUGAGCUCUCCCUAAUAGUUGAGCAGAUUCUCACCAUCACCAACCAGCUCAACAUCAUCUCCAGUGUCAAUGCUGUAACACCUGGGUGCAAAUCAUCUGAUGAGAUCCUGGUAAAGAACGCACAAAAUCUACUCCAGACGGUCCUGCGUGGGGUCCACGCUGCAGAGACAGCCAGCAUCACAGGUUUGAAGCAGCCUGAGCCAAAUUCAGAUGGUGCAGAGGCUACAGCCUUGUGUUUCCAGUGGAGGAGGAAGCUGGAGAUCCAUCGAGCCCAGCAGACCUCUAACCCAGAGACUGAUGAGCUGGGUUUGAGAAAGACCUCAUCCCACCCUGCAGCACCCAGUCUUGCCCUCCCAGUUAAUGUGCAAGACCACUACAAGUGACCACUACCCCUUCAAAGCACAAGUAGUGUUUAGGUCUCAAGAAAAGCCUAACACAGAUCACAUCUUGUUUUCUAUUUGAUAUGAUAAUAAAGAUGUGAAACCCACUUAACCCUUGGAGGGAGCUUUCACAGACUGUCAUGCUCAAGGGCACUUGAGCAUUACAGCAAGCUGCAUGACGUAAAAUAUUUUGUAUUGAAGCUGAGAUUUGUUUCUACAUUUAUGCACACUAAAAUGAGACAUUGCAACUUGAUGUGUGAUUCUGAAAUAAAAUACCUUGUGUUUUAUCUCUU